GGAUUAUCUGUUUUUCAGGACAGAGGGUCUUGCGAAUGGCCCCGCUACCAGGGGCGGAGCUGGUCCAGAGGCCGCAACAGCUCUACCGAUACUUGCUGCGUUGUUGCCGGCAGCUGCCAACCAAGGGCAUCCAGGAGCAUUACAAACAUGCUGUCAGGCAGAGUUUCCGGGUUCAUUCAGAUGAAGACAACCCUGAGAGAAUCCAGCAGAUUAUUAAAAGAGCCAUUGAAGAUGCCGACUGGAUCAUGAACAAAUAUAAAAAGGAAAACUGAGACUCCAGAGCCCAAAGUGAAGCUGUCCUAGAGACAUUUGAAAUUAAGAGGCCUCUCUUCUCCUGGAACCAGUCAGCAGCAGCAGUUUUGGAAUAUCCUUUGGCCUUGUUGGCUGAGAGAACAAGAAAUCAGAAGGCAGAAGUGAACAUUUGCUCAGACAGCUCUUCUCUCCACAGUCAUGUUUCCAGCAUCCUUUAUGUUUGCUCUUCCAGCCAGUCACGAUGUGAAAUUUGGGGAGAAUGUGGUGUUUUUUUGUUUUUUUUGUGUGUUUUUCAUUUUUGUUUUUUUAUUAUUUUACUUUGCUCUGAAAGUGAUUCAUUUAUUCUGGAGGUCUCUUUAUCAUUCUCUGAGUCCUGGACCAGAUCUCCCCACAGUUGGCCGCUUGCACAGAGGAAAGAGAGUGGGCUUGAGAAGCAGACAGGUCUGGAUCUGAAUCCCAGCUCAGCAGCUUUCCUAGUGUAUUACCUUUCAGAUUGGUUUCCUCCUUGAUGAGGAUUAAAUAAUAUGGAGUUGAAGUGCCUAACACAGGAUUUGGUACCUGCCAGUAAGUGUCCCUCUGAGGAAGCCAUCCUGCACUGCCCCUCCCCCUCCCACAGUGCUCUGCACAUCUCUGUUGUAGCACACACUGUAUCAGGUCUCAGUGAUUUGUUUGUGAGCUUGUUCUUCCUGUCCCAUCUUGGAGCCCCAGAGCCCUCAUGGGUGUAUCAUGCUCAGCAGUCUACCAAGGUACUGUUCUUCAUGACCCCUGUCCCCCCAUGCCCAGGGACAUAGAGGCCCUGGUCCUUGCCUUCAGGAAGUUUAGUGUAUUCACAGUGGCAAAGUGCACACUACCUGAAACUAGCAAGAACCCCAAAGCAGCUGUGGUAGACACUCACCCGGCAGGCUUCUGUGAACCUGCAGUCGGUCUUCACUGACCCUUCCUUGCCUUGCCACAUUGUGGAGGGUGGGAGGGCAGGAGAGAAGGGGAGUGGGUUCAGGGACAAGUGGCCAGGGUGGGUGGAGCAAACAGAAAAUACAGAGAGACCACAAUGGGAUUUGAAUUUUCCCCAGGCACUCAACCAGAGGGAUGAGCUAGCAUGUGUUCGUGUUCUUGCAAUCAUGUGACUUAAAGUUACAUCUAUAUGUACACAACUGACUAACAAAUAAUGAAGUAAAUGUAUCAAU